CCCACUCCACCGCCUCGCAUUUAACAACUCUUUGGCUAAUUUAAGUACAUUCCAGUUCCUUCCUCACAUCUUUUUCUCCAUUCUCUUCUGUUUCUGUUCAUUCUCUUGAAGCACAGGGAAAAAUCAUGAAGCCUAUCUUUGCAAGUUUCCUGCUUGUGUGUCUUAUCCUCGGCUCCUCUUUCUUUGAGGCCACAGAAGCUGGUUCAAGCUUCUGUGACUCGAAGUGCGCGGCGAGGUGCGCAAAGGCAGGAGUGCAAGACCGGUGCUUGAAGUACUGCGGUAUUUGCUGUGAAAAGUGCCAGUGCGUGCCAUCUGGGACCUAUGGAAACAAGCACGAGUGCCCUUGCUACAGGGACCUCAAGAACUCCAAGGGCAAGUCCAAGUGCCCCUGAAAAUCUCCCUUUGCUAAGUUGGGAUCAUGAUUUUGAGACAUUAUUAGGUCAUAAAAGUUUGAAUAUCAUCAGAGAGAAUAAAAGGCCGGCCGGGGGUCCUUUAUUUGCGUGUUUGUUGGGGGUACUGCAGAUCUCGUUGUCAUAGUCUUUGGUUAUGCUUCUUGGAAUCUGUCCAUUUUGUACUACAUAUCACAUUAGCUAUACAAUAAAUAAAAUGAUUUGAUUUUCCUCUUA